AUGUCCUCGCCACAUGCGGGCGCGACCCUCCAGAUAUGGAGGAGACUCCAGGAAUUGAAAGAGAAAAAAGCAGCCAUUGUCCUCGACGGGAACAACCUUGAUAUUGCCUCCAUCAUCGCAGUAGCCCGCCAUGACAUCAAGCCUACCAUCAGCAAAGACGAACACCUUGCAAAACAACUCGAGCUAAGCGUGAAUACCCUCGCCGACUACCUAUCUCACCAAUACGUUGUCUACGGAGUCAAUACUGGUUUUGGAGGAAGUGCGGACACAAGGACUAGUGAUGUUCUCGAUCUUCAGGUUCAUUUAUUGCAGCAUACACAGAGUGCAAUUAUUACUGAGGCGGAUAAGAACCCGGCCAGCAAUUCGGAGCGAGAGCCAUCUCAUGUCAUGCCACCCGCGUGGGUUCGUGGGGCUAUCGUUGCUCGUGCCAACCAAAACCUUCGUGGGCACAGUGCUAUACGACUCUGCGUGCUUGAAAGUCUUGUGAAUCUGCUACACAAAGAUAUCGCCCCAAUGAUACCCCUCCGGGGCACAAUCUCUGCUUCGGGUGAUCUUAUGCCUAUGUCAUAUAUCGCUGGAGCAAUUGCUGGGAACCCUGAUGUUUUUGUUCAAAUCGGCAAAGGAAAGGGCGCUAGGGUGAUCCCUGCUUCGGAGGCUCUGAAGGAAACUGGAUUGUCACCGUCUGGACUUGGCCCGAAGGAAGCAUUGGGUUUGAUUAAUGGUACUGCGCCGUCAGUCGCGGUGGCCAGCUUAGUCCUAUUUGAUGCGCAAAAGUUUGCAUUACUCGCUCAAAUGCUUACGGCCUUCGCCUCGGAGUGUAUGGGCGGGAAUGUUGAAUGGGCGCAGUCAUUUAUUCAUACUGCACGACCCCAUACCGGUCAAGUUGAGGCCGCUAGCAACAUUCGGCAGUUUUUAAGUGGCUCUAAGUUCGUUGAUGGUCUUGAGUCAAGAAAAAGGACUGGCGAAGGUCUCUGGCAAGACCGGUAUUCUACCAGAACAGCACCACAGUGGAUUGGUCCAUAUCUGGAGGAUCUGCUGCUUGCCCAACGCCAGCUAGAGGUUGAGCUAAACUCUACCUCCGAUAAUCCUAUCGUGAAUCCCACAGGUGGGGAAGUAUACUCAGGUGGAAACUUCCAGGCAGUUACCGUUACCUCUGCUAUGGAUAAGACACGGCUAGCUCUUCAAAUGAUCGGACGGAUGCUCUGGUCGCAAGUCACCGAAAUCAUCGGCCCCAACACCAAUAAUGGACUUGAAGCCAAUCUUAAUCCCAGUGAGCAUGAGAACUAUACCAUGAAAGGUAUCGACGUGAAUAUGUCCGCCUAUAUGUCUGAACUGGCAGCCUUAACGCACCCGGUCUCCUCCCACGUCAUGUCCGCUGAGAUGCACAACCAAGGAAUCAACUCUCUUGCUUUGAUCUCUGCGCGACGAACCAUGGAAGCAGCAGACCUAGUCGCACAUAUGAGUGCUUGCCAUAUCUACGUAUCCUGCCAGGCGGUCGAAAUGCGCGCAAACCACAUCCGAUUCCUUUCAACAGUACAUGCGAAAUUGAAGAACGCCUCCGCAGACGGCGCUCUCUCUGAAUUGAAACUCCAGGAUGUACAGACCAAAGCCCUUGCCAAGAUUCUAUGCCCUAUCGUUGAAUCAACCUGGUAUCACUGGAAUGCGAAUACAUGGAGAGACCGUAUACCCCACGUAGUGGACGCGGUCAUGUCACCAGUCACUGAAUUCCUGGCCUCCAAUGAGAACAAUUGUACAAUGCCGAUGCUCAUAGCAUUCAAGAAGGACUUCCAGAACAUGACUGAGAGCACGGCCAACGAGAUGUUCUACCCAAGUCCUACAAUCGCUCCCUCAGAUGUCGCUGCACAACUUGGUCAUGGAUCUGCCCAGUUAUACUUGUGGGUUCGCUCAACGCUCAAUAUACCCUUGCACUGUGGUCUGAGAGAUGACCCUUUGUAUAACGCCCGUGAGGGUCUGCCUACAAAAGACAAGAAGACUAUCGGGAGCCGCGUGAGUGCUAUUUACGAGAGUCUGAGUGGAGGCGGAAUGAUGGAUAUGGUGUUGCAGAGUUUAGAUAUCGUUCGAGGGGAGGUUGUACUCUGUGCUUCACCCUCGGCGCAUAAUUAA